UGUUUCUGCUUGGGCUUGCUCUGUGUCCUCUCAUUCUCUCUUCUUUCUUUGCUUCUUGUUAGCCUUUAUUCACCUCACUUCAACCCAGCUGAGCAAAACCAAGAGCGCAAGUGUUCGGUACAAACACAGGGACACUAUGAUUAAGCACAGGGCUCAGAAAACUCCCCCCAGGCAGCACAGGCACUGUGAGAGAUGCUUCAGCCGGCACUGCCGCGCACCGAUCGAGCCCUCCGUCUCCUGCAUGGUGAUCAGCUGCCGCUUUCACUGCGGAGCCACCUUCCACACGUGCAAGGAGGAGGAGCACCAACUGCUCUGCCCCUUGGAGCAGGUGCCCUGCCUCAACUCAGACUAUGGCUGUCCUUUUUCCAUGGCCCGCUUUAAGCUGGCAAAGCACCUUCAGGUCUGUCCAGCCAGCGUUGUCUGCUGCUCGAUGGAGUGGAAUCGCUGGCCAAACGUGGAUUCAGACACAACCCUCCACAAGAAUAUUAUGAAGGAGACCUUAAGCGAGGAGUGUCUGGACACAGCAUUGGCGCUCAGAGACCAGAAGAUACUUUUCAGGAGUUUGAGAGUAGCCGACUUGUUUCCAGAGUGGAGGAAAAAGGAUGAAGUGGAAGAGCUAAUGGAUGAAGCCAUGGGUGGGGAAGAAGGUGCAGUGGGAGGAUUGGCCUGUGGUUCCCAAGAUGGCAAUGACCAGGCAUCUGAGCUCAGCCAACGUGAGCGUGAAGAUUUGGCAAAGGACAAGGAAGGAAUGGAUCUGGGGAGUUACAAAACCUGGGAGAACAUUUUCAGCAAAGAGCUCUUGGCUUGCAAGGUAACAGGCUCAGCAGCUGGCACACGAAAAAAGUACAGAGGAGGCUUCCAAGAAAACAGCAUCAGGACCUUGUGCUUCCAGCUCUGCAGAGAAGGCAAAGGAACGCCUGGUAAUACAGAAGAAGCAAAAGACCAAAAGUCUGAACAAGUAACUCCAAAUAAAGAAAUGACAGGGCUGGCUCCUUGGCAAGAAGGGGUCCUGGAGAGGCUGAAGAAAGAAGUUGGUGUAGCCGAUUACAACAUGUAUCUGGUACAUCACGGAGGAAUGCUUAUCCGCUUUGGCCAGCUAGCUGCUUGCACUCCGAAAGAAAAAGACUUUGUAUAUGGGAACUUGGAAGCUCAGGAGGUGAAGACUGUCUACACCUUCAAAGUGCCAGUUAGUUACUGUGGCAAAAGAGCACGACUAGGAGAUGCACUGGGACAUAAGAUGCCAACUUCAGACAAGUCGGUGGAUACCUCAGAAUUGGGAAUAAACCCAGAAGAACUGCCUACGGCAAAUAUAGUUAAAGCUACACUGCUGUGUGCAUUGGAGAAAGAACUGAAAGGCCAUGAGAUCUCCGAAGCAAGGGGUAUCGAUGGACUCUUUGUGGACUUUGCAACACAGACUUACAGCUUUCCUCUGGAGCCUUUCUCCUCCAAUGCUGUUCUAGCAGAUGUUCUGGAUGAAAAAAGCCAACCAGAACUCCACAUGGAGCUGUACACUGAAUGUGUAACCAGAAGACACAACAAAAGCAGUUCAGCUUUCACAUUCACUUGCAGUCAUUUCUUCAGGAGGGACGAGUUUGCAUCCCACUUCAAGAAUGUGCAUGCUGAUAUCCAGUCAUGUCUGGAUGGAUGGUUUCAGCAUCGCUGUCCGCUGGCCUACUUGGGAUGUACUUUUGUUCAAAAUCACUUCCGCCCUGAUGGACAUAAGGCCAAGGUUAUAUACAGCAAGCCUCUCAAGACAUUUGCUAUUAAACCAGAGGUUGACACCCUCCUUGCUGAAUCAGGGAAAUGCAAUUACACAGUGGACAAUCGAGGGAGAAACAAGGAUUUGCUAAGCAGCCUCCCACUGGAAGUGCUGAAGUACAUUGCUGGGUUCCUGGACAGCUUCAGUUUAUCUCAGCUAUCGCAAGUGUCAGUGCUGAUGAGGGAUAUCUGUGCCACUCUACUUCAAGAGAGGGGAAUGGUCCUGCUGGUCUGGGAGAAAAAAAGAUAUUCCCAUGGUGGUACUUCAUGGAAAGUUCGCAGAAAGACCUGGCAGUUCAGCAGCCUCUUCUCCAGAGUUAACAGGUGGCAGCACAGCGAGGUGGCGUGCAUGUCAGAGCACCUGAAGAAGUGCCCGUUCUACGACGUGGAGCACAAGACGGACCCUGUGCUGCUGACCGGCAUGUGCGAGGCUCGAGAGCCCAUUCAAAAGACUUUAGUUUCCACCUUCAAGCGCAAGGUCUGAGCAACCAGCUUCUCCUCUGACCCACUCCUUUCAAUGCCCUUUAAAAGAAGAUCUGGGAAGCUGGAUGUAAAGAUAGUUGCUUCUAACUCUCCUUUGGAAGGACAAAACUGGCAUCUCCCCAGCUGCAUUUGGAACAUCCUGCAUUUUUUUUUUCCUCCCUGCAUUAUUUUAAUUGUUAAAACUUCAUCCAAAGCGUUCUGGCACACUGCUCACUGAUGUCUUG